GGAGGGAAUACAAUCGCUGGAGAACAUAGCCAUGAGCACAGAUUCAAUUUGUGUUGAUGACCUGAAGCAAGUGAGCAUUUUCAGGUCUUUGUUUCUGUCAUUCAGAGGCAGAUGGAAGGCGGUUUGCUGGCAGGGCCGACUCACUGGCCAGAGGCCCAACAACCUGAUUGCUCAAAACAUUUUACAUCAGCAGUCCCGCUGCCAUGGAAACAAAGCCCACAACCUGGCAGGAGCAAGGUCCCUUCAAUUCUCUAGUCAAGAUGCAGGGUGAAGAGGGUGCAACCAUGGGCCACAGUGUUUCUCUGCAAGAUAGAAAAGCCCCCAAGGCAAUGCCUGAGGAGGACUUAGAUGUCCCGGAACCUGGAGCCAAAGUCGAAGCUGUACAGAGAAGCCAGGCAAUCAAGAUAAUAGAAAUGGUUGAUGUAAUUAAAAUUGAAAACCAGAAAUCUGCAGGUAUUAGCCAGUGCACUCUGAGAGAGACACGAGGAGCUAUAAUAGAAUUAAAAUAAAGACCUGAAAAGUUAUCUUACGCUCAAGAGGAAUCUAAAAAAGCAGAUAAUCUCUUUGAGGAUAAUUUCACACCUCCACCGCCACUCAAUGCCUUAUCAGAGGUAGAGUAUGGUGAGAAAGAGGGGUUUUCCAGCCUGGAGGGUGAGGUGGGGGAGUGGAUCAGUGAAGCUGAACCAAUUGAAGACAAUCGAGACUGCCCAAAGACACCCAAAUGUCUUGCGCCAGCUCAUCAGGAAGUAGACAUAAAAUCAAAGUUGAAUUCAACAAGCGUGAUGAAUGCUGACAUUUGUACCAAUAAAACGGAAACUUUUACAUCCCAAUCAGCCAAACACUGUCUCUCUGACAUCAACAGCUCAGAUGACAGAAACAACCUAAACUCUCCUCCUUUUGCUGAUGAAAGUGAAGAAGAAGAGGCAAAAAGUACAGACAUAACAACUUGUCAGCAUCAUUCAGAUACACGAGAGUUGAGCUGCGUUGGUUUCCAACCUUCAUGUUCUGAUCCUGAAGAAACAGACUCAGUCCUGCCUGCAAGUGGCUCAUUCAGACAGGAGGAGGCAGUGUCACCACAAAGCCAGUCUGAGCUCUGUCACAAGGGCCAAAACCAGGAAACUGAACAACAGGUGUUUGGCCAGGGAUCUCCACCUGACUCUGCAGUUACCAUGGAGCUGGCCAAUCAGGGCGGGGAAGCCUCUCAAGGCCAUAGUUGCGUUGCAGCUGUAAGAGAAAGGAGCAGCAGGGUGGGGGAGAGGACUGAGGGUGAAAACGAGCAAACAGGUGGAGUGAAAGGACAGUAUAAGAGCAGAGUUAAAAAGAGCAAGGUGGCUGUGAGGUCACAGAGCGAAGGGCUUUUCAGGUAUCUCCAGGCAGUCCAAACACAGGAGCCUAAGGCAGAAAACAGCUGUGGUAUACCUCUUAAAGCCAACAGAGACACCAGGAUGAGGACUGAUAUGUCAGAAGAUAGCCAGAGUGACAGUGGAGUGUCAGCAGACUUCCACUCAAACAGCACGGUAUACAGCAGCACCAGCAUGUCUGCAGACUCUCCAAGCCCUGUCUCCAUGGAGACCCCCAUCGAGAGGGAGAUCAGACGAGCCAUAGAGCGUGAGCAAAGCCUGAGAAGGUCCAGAGGACUUCCAAACCCACGCACCUCUCCAGAGUACGUAGAAGUUCCUCUAAGAAAAAGUCUUUCUAGCCAGUCUGUAUCUCCCAAGUGGUCCCAGAACAAGGACAGGGAGUUUGCAGGCAAAAAGAUGCAGCAAGAGAUCCACGAAGAGUCUCAGCGGGAGCAAGAUCUGGUCAAAAUUGGGAAAAUUCCAGGUUUCUAUGACAAAGGCACAAUCCGCCAAAUAAAAGAAAGGAAACAGCUCUUUGAGACCCUGCGGAUAUCUCCAGAACCUCCAUUGACAAUCUCACCUAAAUGUAAGACCCCGUCCUGGUCGUCUAACAGCAGUGAAGAUUUGAAUUUAACUCUGGAAAGUCAAGAUUCUGGGACAUCCACCCCAGAACAGACCUACAUGGAGAGGAAACCCAUGAUGUCCAAUCCCUCACAAAGCCAAACCUCUUCCAAAGGUUUAGACUACUCCAGUCUCCGAGGGCCAAACUUUUCCGAAGGGACCGGUUGUCAGAUCAUCAUCAUAGAAAAUGGCCUAACUGUUCCAGCACAGAAACACUACAAAGUUAAAGAAGAGGCAGAGGCAAUUCCAGAAACUAAAAACAGUUUCAAUUCAUCAGACAAGACAAGAGGGCACGAUGGGCUGAUGAAGACAAAGAAGGAAUGGGAGGAGAAGGAGGUGGCAGCAUCAAAGGGGAACCCCUUUUUUAAGCUCCGCUCCUCAGCUAAUUUAGACAAAGUGAGGCAGGAUAUCCAGGAGACCAAAGAGAGGGAGAAGGAGCUCCACAGCUUGCGGCUCAGCCUGUAUGGGGGCAUCGACCUAGCCGAAGAACCCUCAAAGAAAGAAAUGCCAGCUCCUGGGCCACUGUCCAAUGGAAGAAGUGAAUCAUAUGAAGGGCGGCAGUCAGUGGACAAGGUGUCUGCGUGGCCACUUGUCCAGAGUCAAGAGGAUAAGAUUUUCCACCCAGAGAUUCGCAAGAGUCCCCGAACUCCAAGACAAAAGAAUCCUCUUGUGCAGCUGUGGGAGUCAGGCCAGGUCAACGGAUGCAAUCUGGAAGACGACUGAAGACCAGGGGGCAUUCACAGAGACUUACAUUUUCUUUAAGUAGGGGGUGAAAUCAAAACAAAUCUGUAUAAAAAAGGAGGAAACACGAAGCAGGAGGGAGCAACAAUGACAAAGAGGAAAGAACAUGAAGGAAAAUCAGAAAGAGGUCGAAGACUGAGGCAUGAAAAUGGGGCCAGGCGAACUGGGAGCACGAAAAAUGGCAGUAGUAUAAAAACACUGACGUUUUCUUCAGAAAAGAGGAGAGAAGAAAGACAAUAAGACAGGCCACAAUGUAGAACGUAAGAUGUUGGCCUGCUUCUGAUGCUACACAGAUGAAAAGACAAAAAAAUAUUACUUAAAGAAAAGAUGAAGAUGAUGAAUAAUGCAAUGAAGACCAAAAAAGUUAUAAAAAAGUAACUUUUAAAUUGUGUUAAAGUUUUUUUAUUUUGAUUUUCUUAAAUAAUAUUGGAAUAAUAUAUGUUAGUUGCAAUUGUGAAUUUUCCGAAUAAAUACACAGAAAGUAUCUGUAACAAAUUCCCAGGAGGAAUUUUUUAAAGUGACUUAAAUGCCUUUCAUGCCUCUUGUUAUCUCUGUAAGAAGAAACUAUUCUUUUCAUCAUCUAACAAACAUGUCCUGAAGACAUAUCCUUCAGUACAACGGGUGCAUGCCUUUAUUGGCAAGUGAGUCAGGAAAAAAAAAAUAACAGAAAUCAAUAUGGAGAGAUCCAACUUAUUCCGCUCCUUUUCCCUGGACAACAAUUACUGCACUUUCAUCAGCAAAAACAGACUGCACCACAAUAGACAUGACAAAUGCUUCAGCGUGAUUAUUGUUCACCUCUAAUCAUACAAAAAGCUCCUCAUAAGUGGAUUCAGCAGGAUUGGUUCUAUUUCUUGUCUUCUUUCAGUUUACUUUUAUCUUUUCAGCUUUCUUCUGGUGUUGCUCACAGUUUUAUUCUUCAUUUACUGUAGGCUUAAACAGCUAGUGUAUGUGAGGGCACAACAAUUGUUUGAUGAUGGGUUAGGUUAGGCCUGGGUCAUGGUUGCAUGGAUGUAUCCAUCUUAAUCUAUUUCAUCCUCUAUGGAGUAAAGAUGUGAAGUAUUUAACCAAUGCUUCUGGGUUGUGUACUUGAAAUGCUGAGGGUGUAAAAUUCAGGAUAAGCAGCUGAUACGCUAUAAUCACAAGGAUUAAAAAAAUGAUAAUAUAUUAUUAUAAAAUAUGAAAAUGUAUAUAAAAAGAAGGAAGGGAUUUACGAAGAAAUCAGCUAAUAAACAGAAUAGGUUGAUUUU